AUGAUUGGACACUCUUUGGCCUUUCUGCUCGGGACAAUAGGGAACGGGCUGGUCAUCUAUUUCACCGUCUUCAAGAUGAAAAGGACGGUUAACAUUGUGUGGUUUCUCAAUUUAGCCAUAGCUGACUUCAUCUUUAUGUUUGUCCUCAUAUUCAGAAUUGUUACCGUAGCCCUGACUUUUCACUGGAUUUUCGGAGAAUUUAUGUGCAGAAUGAAUGAUGCCGUUUUCUUCAUCAAUCUUUAUGCCAGUAUCUUCCUAAUCACCGCUAUCAGCAUUGAUCGCUGCAUCUCCGUCAUAUACCCUGUUUGGUGCCAAAACCACCGAACCCCGAGACUGGCAUCCUUUGUGGCUCUGGCAAUUUGGAUUCUAGCAAUCAUUUUCAGUGUGCCGUAUUUCAUAUUCUCUGGCACAAAGGUCUUUGGGAAGAUAACUGUCUGCACUUAUAACAUUGAUGAUAAAAAUGUUAUAAUGGUAGAAAUAACUGAUAUCUGGAUACUUGGCCAUAAGGUCAUAGCAAUAUUAGCAUUCAUUCUAGGAUACUGCAUUCCAAUCCUAAUCAUGUUGUUGUGUUUCAUUAUAAUCACUUUACGUAUCCAAAGGGAUUACGUGGCUAAGAGCAGCAAGCCUUUCAAGAUUAUUGUAGCUGUCAUCAUUUCCUUCUUUGUGGUGUUGGUUUCCAUAUCAGGUUUUGCCCUCCUGGCGCUGUCUGUGAAGUUUACCAAGGACAAACACCUAAAUCAUGUAGUUAGCAGUUGGAUAUUCCUUAGCGAGAAGCCUGAUGUAUAUCAACAGCUGUAUUUAAUCCUAUUCUUUACGUCUUUGUGGGUCAAGAUUUCAAGGAAAAAUUCUGGAGGUCCUUCCAUUCAGUGUUUGAAAAUGCUUUUGUGGAAGAAAAAACUGCCAAUCAGAAUGUGGGGCUGA